AGGAUUGGGAGUCCCUUUGAACGCACCGAGUUCCACAAAGGUAAAUGUUCGAGUCGGACCCAGACAAUUGUUCCAAGGAGGAAGGGAACAACAAUGAACAAAGGUGAUUCAAGGAGAAGUCAGCCGAGAUUGACAGAAACAUCAUGAUCGGUAGCUUCAAGGGAAAGUCAGCUGUGAUUGACAGAAACAUCAUGAUCUGUAGAUUCAAGGAGAAGUCAGCUGUGAUCGACAGAAACAUCAUGAUCUGUAGCUUCAAGGGGAAGUCAGCUGAGAUUGACAGACACAUCAUGAUCUGUAGCUUCAAGGGGAAGUCAGAUGUGAUCGACAGAAACAUCAUGAUCUGUAGCUUCAAGGGGAAGUCAGCUGAGAUUGACAGACACAUCAUGAUCUGUAGCUUCAAGGGGAAGACAGCUGUGAUCGACAGAAACAUCAUGAUCUGUGCAGCUUCAAAGGGAAGUCAGUUUCCAGACUAAUGGUCUUCCUAACUCAGUUACAUA